UACACAAGAGGAAUCAGGUGCAGCUCCUGCCUGACUGGAAGGAAAACCUGCACUUACACAGGCCCUUUGCAGACAACAUUCGACAGCCCUGAUAUAUAGGAAUAUAUACAUCACCUGGUGUCCUUGCCAGAGUUGAGACAUUUACAGUAAAUCUAAGAAUGAUGUCAGAUGAAAAAUAGGAAAGCUCUGAAAAAAAUCACUGAGUCACUUCCUUCUUCAGAAAAGCAUAACCAGGUCACCUCCAGGCUAGCUUCAGCAAUUACAAAAUCACAAAAGCCCUGAAGCAACUGAAAUACAGUUUGCCAUUUAUAAGUACAUCCAACUCUACAGAGUCAAAAUUCCAAAAGAUUGAGUCCAGUUUGUGCAUCAUAAACUGUGACUACCACACUUUCAUUUAACUGUUGCUAAAGUCUGUUGCAGCAGCAAGUCUGCUCUGAUUUCCUUCUGAGAUUUAAAAAAAAAGCAUCUCUGCUAAACCUUAGUAAUGACAUAAUAUCUGCUGAAGCUUCCUGGACAGCGUUUGAAGGAUUGGAACACUUGAUCAAAAGGUGCUGAGUCAGAGUAGAUAAAAGGUGAUUGUUAAAAUGACAUCAUGUUGGACUAUCCCAAAAAUUCCUUCUUGUCUUCCUUUGAUGACAGUACUACCCAAGUCCACCUCCUGCUUGUUAUUUUUAUUGCUAUUGGUGGAACUUCCUGUGUUGGCAAUGUCUCGUCCAACCCCCGUGAGACAUCACAAAGAUGGCCUGACGAAGCUGUUUCAGAAGAUGCUUCGGCUGAUAAAUAUAGUGCAAGGAGUCAUGCACCACCUUGACACCAGUUUACCCUUUGAGCACAGCCUUACCUCUCUGCCUACUUUAAACUUCAGGCCAAAAGACCUAGCAGCAGUGAAGGCGAAUAGCACCCUAUCACAGCUCUCUUCAGGCCUCCACUCUUUCAAGCUGCACUUUGACUGGCUGCUGUACUGGCAAAACCAAUCAGGAUUGGUGUCAAAUAAAGUCAAGGAAAUUUCUGACCAAAUCCAGUCUAUCAGCAUUCUUCAACAAAGACUGACAGAUUCACCUGCACAAGGUACCGUUCUCUCCCUGCCUCCUCUUAAAACUGCCUGGGACAUAUAUCAGACAUCUGCGGAAAUUCAUAAGAGACUACUGGCCUUCUGUAACUGGUAUCUUAGAGCUCUGCGGGUCCUCAUCUACUAUGCAAACAACUGAAGAGAAGAGAGGCCACUACCAAGAACAACGCAGCUAGAUUUUCAACUGUGACAGUGCUGGAUCCGGAAGAAUCUGGCCACUUAUCCGGCCAGUUAUUUCUGCCUUUGCCAAUUUUUGUUAAAAUUCCCUUUUUCUACAGUUAUGGCAGACGUUUUUGUCUCAGACAGGUUUCACAGCUGACCAAAAGCUUCUAUUUAUGUUUUUCUGGCAAAAGUGUAACUUUUAUAUUUAAUAUUUAAGUGUAUUUAUUGAAGAAAAUUGUGUUUACAAAAUGAAGUAUUUUAUAGAUCCGAGGAAGCACUUUAUGUACAUGAUAGGAUAUCGU